UCCGGACUCGCCCAGAGACGCCGCUCCGCUCCAGCCACUCCCUACGCCCGGCAGAGCCCGAGCUCCCAGAUCCAUCCGGAGCUCCAUUCAGAGCCACAUCCCAGCCUCAGCCAGCGCCAGGCAGCCGGGAAGGUCCCAGGAGCAGCUGCACAAGUGGACAACCACCGGGGAUCGAACCUCCCGCGCGCACAGUGGAUUUUUUAGAAGCAGAGAGGAACUCCAGCAGAGAUAAAAGAGGGGGGGUCGCCUACAGCCAACAUGGAGGUGAAGACGUCACUUCUGGACAACAUGAUUGGGGUGGGGGACAUGGUCCUCUUGGAACCCCUGUCUGAAGACUCGUUUCUGGAGAACCUGAAGAAGCGCUUCGAACACAACGAAAUCUACACGUACAUCGGCAGCGUGGUGAUCUCCAUGAACCCCUACCGCUCCCUGCCCAUCUACACGCCAGAGAAAGUGGAGGAGUAUCGCAACAGGAACUUCUACGAGCUCAGCCCCCACAUCUAUGCUUUGGCAGACGAGGCCUACCGCUCUCUUCGGGACCAGGACAAGGACCAGUGCAUCCUCAUCACAGGGGAGAGCGGCGCUGGGAAAACGGAGGCCAGCAAGCUGGUGAUGUCAUACGUGGCGGCGGUGUGUGGGAAGGGCCAGGAGGUGAACAAGGUCAAGGAGCAGCUGCUGCAGUCCAACCCCGUGCUGGAGGCUUUUGGAAAUGCCAAAACGGUACGAAAUGACAACUCUUCAAGAUUUGGAAAGUACAUGGACAUCGAGUUUGAUUUUAAAGGAGAUCCACUGGGUGGAGUCAUCAGCAACUAUCUGCUGGAGAAGUCUCGAGUGGUCAAACAGCCCAGAGGAGAGAGGAACUUCCAUAUCUUCUACCAGCUCCUGUCUGGAGCUUCUGAUGAGACGCUCAAGAAGCUGAAGCUGGACCGGGACUUCAGCAAAUACAACUACCUGAGCCUGGACUCCGCCUCCGUCAGUGGCGUGGACGACGCAGCCAACUUCAGGACCGUCAGAAAUGCCAUGCAAAUCGUGGGUUUCAUGGAGGACGAGGUGCAGUCGGUGCUGCAGCUGGUGGCCGCCGUGCUGAAACUCGGCAACAUCGAGUUCAAGCCCGAGUCCCGCUCCAACGGCCUCGACGAGAGCCGCGUCAAAGACAAGAACGAUUUGAAGGAGAUGUGCGAGCUGCUGGGAAUCGAACAGUCGGUGCUGGAGAGAGCCUUCAGCUACCGGACGGUGGAGGCCAAGUCGGAGAAAGUGUCCACCACCCUAAAUGUGGCCCAGGCCUACUACGCCCGAGACGCCCUCGCCAAAAACCUCUACAGUCGCCUUUUCAGUUGGCUGGUCACCAGGAUCAAUGAAAGCAUCAAAGCACAAGCGAAGACUCGCCACAAGGUGAUGGGGGUUCUGGACAUCUACGGCUUUGAGAUCUUCGAGGACAACAGCUUUGAGCAGUUCAUCAUCAACUACUGCAACGAGAAGCUGCAGCAGAUCUUCAUCGAGCUGACGCUGCGGGAGGAGCAGGAGGAGUACAUUCGGGAGGGCAUCGAGUGGACCAACAUCGAGUAUUUCAACAACGCUGUCAUCUGUGACCUCAUCGAGAACAACAAAAACGGCAUCUUGGCCAUGUUGGACGAGGAGUGCCUGCGACCCGGGACCGUCACUGACGAGACCUUCUUGGACAAACUGAACAUGAUCUGUGCACAACAUCAGCACUUUGAGAGCCGCCUCAGCAAGAACUCAAAGUUCCUGACCGACCACAGCCUCCCGCACAACUGCUUCCGCAUUCAGCACUACGCUGGCAAGGUGCUGUACCGCGCCGAAGGCUUCGUUGACAAGAACAACGACCUGCUGUACCGGGACUUGUCUCAGGCCAUGUACAAGGCCAACCACGGCCUCAUCAAGCAGCUGUUCCCUGAAGGUAGUCCUGCCAAAAUCAACCUGAAGAGACCCCCCACCGCCGGAUAUCAGUUCAAAGCUUCUGUUGGCACACUGAUGAGGAACCUGCAGACCAAGAACCCAAACUACAUCCGGUGCAUCAAGCCCAACGAUAAGAAGUCGUCCCACAUCUUCACGGAGUCCCUGGUGUGCCACCAGGUGCGUUACCUGGGCCUGAUGGAGAACGUGCGCGUGCGGAGAGCGGGCUACGCCUUCCGUCAGGCCUACGAGCCCUGCCUGGAGCGCUACAAGAUGCUCUGCAAGAAGACCUGGCCGCACUGGAAGGGGCCCGCCAGGAAAGGCGUGGAGGUGCUGAUGAGCGACCUGAAGGUUCCUGCGGAGGAGUACGCCUACGGACGCUCCAAGAUCUUUAUCAGGAACCCCAAAACGCUUUUCUUCCUGGAGGAGAGGAGGAGACAGUGUUUGCAGGACCUGGCCACCCUCAUCCAGAAGAUCUACCGCGGGUGGAAGUGCCGCCGACAGUUCCUGCUGAUGAAGAAGAGCCAGGUGGUCGUGGCGGCGUGGUACCGCCGAUACGCGCAACAAAAGAAGUACUUGAAGAUCAAACACGCCACCACGGUGAUGCAGUCCUUCGCUCGAGGCUGGCAGGCUCGCAAACUCCUGAGACAGCUGAAGCACCAAAAGAGGUGUGAGGAGGCGGCUACCACCAUCGCGGCUUACUGGCACGGCACACAGGCUCGGACGGAGCUGAGGCGUCUAAAACAAGAAGUGCGGAACAAACGCGCCGUGACAGUAAUUUGGGCGUUCUGGCAGGGAACCAAGGCCCGGAGAGAGCUGCGUCAGCUGAAGGAGGCGGCGAGGAAUAAACAUGCCGUGUCGGUCAUUUGGGCCGGCUGGCAGGGCACCAAGGCUCGCAGGGAGCUCAGGAGACUGAAGGAGGAGGCCAGGCGUAAGCAUGCGGUUGCUGUGAUUUGGGCCUACUGGCAGGGACUGAAGGUCCGUAGGGAGUACAGGAAGUUCUUCAGGGCGAACGCGGGCAAGAAGAUCUACAACUUCACAGUCCAGAGAAUAAUUCAGAAGUACUUCCUCAACCUGAAGAAGAACCUGCCCUCCAUGUCUCCCGUGGAUAAGAGCUGGCCCAGCAGACCCUACUCCUUCCUGGAUGGAGUCCACGCGGAGCUCCGGAGGAUCUUCCACCUCUGGAGGUGCAAGAAAUACCGGAGCCAGUUCACGGAGGAGAAGAAGGCCGUGUACGAAGAGAAGCUGGAGGCCAGCACGCUCUUCAAAGACAAGAAGGCUCUGUACCCGAGCAGCGUGAGCCAAUCGUUCAAAGGAGAUUACCUGGAGAUCAACAAGAACCCCAAAUACCAGAAGCUGCACAGCGCCGUGGACGAGAAGGUCCUGCUGGCCGACACCGUCAGCAAGAUCAACCGGGCUAACGGAAAGGGUUCUCCUCGGAUCUUCCUCCUGACGAAGAAGAGCGUCGUCCUGGCUGACCAGAAGUCGGGUCAGGUGAAGGCCAGCGUCCCGCUGCUGGACCUCGCCAGCGUGUCGGUCAGCACGCAGAACGACGGCUUCUUCGCUCUCAAACUCAAGGAGGGUUCGUCCUCGGCGGUAAAAGGCGACUUCCUCCUGAGCAGCGAACGCCUGAUCGAAAUCAUCACCAAACUUUACCGCCUCAGCGCCACCAACGCGGACCGAGUCCCGCUCAACGUGGACAUCUCAGACGAGUUCCUGGUCCAGUUCAAGAACGACAAAGUGUGCGUGAAGUUCAUCCAGGGGAGCCCGAGGAACGGCAGCGGCGCGUCCUGCAAGCGCAAAAACAACCGGCUGCUGGAGGUGUCGGUCCCCUCCACGGCGUAGCUGGAGCAUCGCCGCUGAGCGUGCACUUCUGCUUCCUCCAGUUUCAGAUAAAUUCUCACCUGCGGCUGAAGUGAUUUGAGUUUUUCUGGCAGAGAAAGCCCCGGCGUGGGUUGCGUGCCACAGAAAUCAAGAGCUGCAGCUGCCGAAUCAGAUUUUUUUCCCGUUGAUUGUCCUGCCUGUACGAGUCGCGGCCCAUGCUGCUGCUUUGCUUAAAACGGCGAGCAGGGUUUGGGCGCCACUUAGACCACUGCACCCGCUUUCACAUUUGUAUAAAAAAAAGAAAACUAGUUUGAUUGUAUUUUUCUCUCUAAAUGAAAGCACAGGAGGUGGUUGAGUAAUUUUUGUAUCCAUAAUGUGCCAUUGAACGCGUCUGUUCUGAAAGACGGCGCUCCAGAAGAGGGAUUCCGUUUGUGAUCGACGCCGUCGUAACACUAAAAGGGUCGACCCCAAACUCUCUGUGCCACAAAGCAAAAGCCCUGCAAAUCGUAUUUUUGUGUGCAAUAUAUAUAUAUUUUCUGGAGAGCGAUGGCGAGGAAACCAAAGGAGUGUGGGACGCCGUGUAAAUAAGCUGUCGCCGUGACCUGGACACAGGGUUGUUCAGCGCCCUAACGUUGAUGUAAAGUUUCUCCUUUUGCUUCCACAGCUCGACUUCUUGUAGUGACCUGAUUUCUAAGGGGCGGGGGGACGUAAAGUACUUCACAGUAAAUCCUUGAUGUAUCGUUGGGAAAGGAAAGCAGGUACUGUAGAGAGAAUCGAAGGUGUGGGACGGCUGGUUUUCUUCAGGUGGAUCAUCAGCUGGUUUUGAAUGUCAUGCGUGACCGUAACUCCUCCCCCUGUCCCAUAUCUGCAGACGUGUGCCUGAUGCUAACCUGUGCUAAUCGACCGAACAUGGAAAUGUUUUAGUAGAACUCAGUGUAACAUUUGCUAGUAUUGCAUUUUUUAAAUUAAAUGGAAAUAAAUAAAUAAUAAAUGUAACCGUCUGUGUCGGA